GAUUCCUGUUGUUAUUCCUCUAACUCCUCCCUUCCUGCCUCUCUCCCAGGCCUUCCCUCCUCUCCCAACAUCUUCCCAACAUCUCCUCCCCCCAUUCAGUCAGAAAGGCUUUCAACCAACAAAUGUUUGAGCGUCUCUUACAUUCUUGGUGCCAGGGCAGCAACCACUGACAAGACAGUGGCCUGAUGGCCCUCAGAGCCUGGGGCAGAGCCGGGAAAACCAGGGAGACCCACAAUAAACAAACAGUAACUACGUAACUAAGUGCAGAGACAGGGUGAUAUGAUAGGGUAAGUGGACAGGAAGGAAGGUCUCUUUGAAGAGGUGAGUUUUAGGCCAAGACCUGGAAGUUCUAGGCUAAACCCACCAGGUGAGGAGUCACAGCAGGCACAAAGGCCCUAAGGCAGGAAAGAGCCAGUUGGGUUUGAAGAACUGGAAGGUCACUGGCUGGGGCCUGGUACACGAAGGGGAAGGAGAGGAAAUGAGAUGAGAGGUGGAGGCUGGGCUAGGUCACUUAGAGCUCUGUAGAUUGUGGUAGGGAGGGGAUGUUUUGUUCAAAGUACAACACGAAAGAAGCUUUCAUAAGGUUUGAAGCAGUUGCUUUGAUGGUGGUUUGUGCUGCUAGGUAGACAAUGGACCUUGUGUGAGCGAGGGAGGCAAGGAAAAACAGAGAGAUUGAUUAAGAGAUGUAGCAGUUUUCUAGAUGGUAGGGCAGUCAUUAGGACAGGUGACCGAGAAGCUUAGGGGUCUGAGGUCCUGGGAGAGGACCCCCUGGUCAGUGGACAAGGAGAACAGGGUCUUUGAGUGUGGGGGCUCCAAAGUACAAGGAAAUGAAAUCUCAGCACUUCUGUUCACAGUGGGUGGUUUCCCUUACGGGAAGUUUCACCUUCCUGAUUCUGGGGCUUUUGUGAGAUGGAACUUGGGGGAAGAAAGCAUGGGGCAUAAUAUUGGUGAGACCUGCUUGCCCUCUUUGGGGUCACCCUCUCAGCUUCUCUCUAGGGGCAGAACUGGGUGGGGGGUGGGGAGAGAUUCUGCUCCAGCUCCGAAGCACCUCUGCACUAGCAGGGGAGGGAGGGAGUCAGUGAUCCCCCAACUGCCAGCCUCUACCCCUAAGACAGGUGCUCUGUUUCCUCCUUCCCACCUUGAGGCCUCCAGCCCUCCCUCCCUCCACUGUCUGCUCUGGCCUUUGUUGGGGGAAGUCAGGGGAGUUGAGGACUCUGUUGAAUGGGACAGAUCUCUUAUGGCUGAAGUGUAGGGGGGCUUAGUAGGGGAGCAGAGGCCUUUUCUAGCCCAAGGGGUCAGAGAGUUCUGGAUUAAAUCCUGCCACAUACCCAGGAAGGCCCUGCCCAGAGGGGUGGGCAGUAGCAGCCUAGUGCCAUCUCCCACAGUCCCUCUUCCCCGUUUAUUGCCCUGCAACACACCACCCACCUCUGCCUCCAGGACAAGCCCUCAAGCUGCCAGUUUCUCAGCACCUGCUAUGCUGAGGGCUUAACAGGGAUCAUCUCCAUUUCCAUACACCCUCCUUAGGCAUAGUAUUCAAUUUUGCAGAUGAGAACAGGUCUACACAGUUCAGGAAAUCCAAGCUAUCUGACCCUCAAAGCAGAGCUCAGGUCCCUAAACUGCUUCAUCCAGGCAAACUGGAUCUGAAGAAGGUUGGGGCUGAAAGAUGAAUGAAUGAAUGCAUGCAUGCAUGAAUGAAUGAAUGAAAUGAAGGGGCUUGUGGAUGGUGGGAGAGGUGGACAUCAAAGAGAAAUUGGCCCAAGCCCUCCCCAGGCGUGGCCGCGCUCCCAGGGUCCAGGUGAAAGGUGGAGGAAAGGAGAUGGGGGGCAGCCUGGUCUAGGGGAAGGGUGUGAGGAUCUCAAAGAACAUCCUUGAUUGGCCCCCAAGGUCGGCGCCUGGGUCUGGGCCCCGACUCGGCUUCCUGCCGAGCGCCCACAGGCUCUAGUCCUUACCAGGCGCUCAAUAAAAAGUAGGUGAAAUUUUGGCUCGUCUACGGCUGUUAGCGGGCACUCAGAAAAUGUUGACAAACGGCUGGCUCUCCGCCGCUGAAGGGUCCCCACCUGCGGCCCGCUAGACUCGAGGGGCGGUAUCCUGUCCCACCUCCCCCCGCGCUGCCUAAUCAGCCCCUCGCAGGACUCGGCGGCGCGAGGGAACGCCCGGGGCGGGGCCAGCUUGGGGCGGGGCCUGCGAGCCCGAGGAGGAGGGGCCGGGCCCGCCGGGGUCGGUGAUCUACACCCGGAGAGUUCGCGCUCCGAGCGUUGCGCUCGGAGGGGCUCGAGUCGUGGCGCGGAUGCUGGAAGUUCACAUCCCGUCUGUGGGACCUGAGGCCGAGGAUCCCAGGCAAAGCCCAGAGAAAGGCCACAUGGUGUUCCGAGUGGAAGUAUUGUGCCGCGGGCGCAGGCACAUCGUGCAGAGGCGCUACAGCGAGUUCCACGCGCUGCACAAGAGGAUCAAGAAACUGUACAAAGUGCCCGACUUCCCCUCAAAACGCCUGCCCAACUGGAGGACCAGAGGACUGGAGCAGCGGCGGCAGGGCUUGGAGGCCUAUAUCCAGGGUGUCCUGUACCUGAACCAGGAUGUGCCCAAGGAAUUACUGGAAUUCCUGAGCCUGCGGCACUUCUCCACAGACCCUAAGGCCAGCAACUGGGGCCCGACAGCCGCUCACAGCGGGUCUCCUCUUUUCAGCGCCUUGGGGGAGUUCCUGCCCAAGAACAGCAGCUCCCAGCUCCACCACCGGCCUGUCAUCAGCUUCUGCAUGGAUCCCUACGUUUGCAUUCCAUCCCCAGAGCCUCUGUCCAACAUGGUGGUGAAUGGCGUGCUCCAGGGCCUCUAUGGCUUCAGCCCCAGCUCAGCUAAAGCCCAGUCCGAGGCUCCCUGUCACCCUGCUCCUUUGCCACCGAUGCCCUGACCAGCCCAGAGGUCUGUGGGCCACCUGCCAGGACAGGCAUGUGCCUCAGUGUAUGAGCCCCCUUCUCAGAGGCUGGGUCCCCCUUGGCCUGGACCCAGGAUUUAACCACCCCAGAUGCCAGGGCAGGGAUAACAGGGGAUAAGGAAUAAAGGGAGAAGUCCAAUUUAGAGGUAGGCUUUGAAAAGAGACUGGUGUUAUUUCUUCACCUACCCCAGAAAGGGGCAGGAGACAAGCAAAGGUUGAGGCACAGUAGUGGCAAAGGUUAGAAACGAGGAGUAAAAGCUCCUGCUUGAAAUUUUGUAGGCAGUGUCUAGAGAAAGGGGUCAGAGCAGAGCCUCAGAUGGGGACAGGCACCCCCUGCCCCAAGAGUCCCAGACAUGCUGGGACAGAGACUUGAGCAGGUGUUGGAGGCCCAAGAACUCAGCCCACACUGGUUUAAAAAAAACAAACCACCUUUUUUUUUAUUGGUCAGCAUGGAUAGGAGUUUGUUACAAAACCGGGCCUGGAGGCCUAUGGAAUGUGAGGUGAGGAGUCCACUCCGUCAGAUGCCAGCACUA